AUGAAUUACGUAGACCAGCGCCACUCCGAGAAUGUUCUCACCCGCAUUGUCAACCUAGGAAGCCGCAAAUGUAUCACCCUCUAUCCCUCGGGAGAUCGACGAUUUUGGCACACCACCUUUGACCCAGCCUCGACUGACAAUGCUCAGUGGUGGAAGCUCGUCCGGUACGACAAUGCCGGAAAGUACAUGAUCAUCAGCGCCAACACCGGAGAAGCCAUCGUCAGUAGCGACCACGGAGAAUGGAUCAGCCAGCCCCGGGACAGCAACCUCCAGAUCCAGAUCUUUCGCUUCGACCAAGGCACCGAUACACGCUCGCGACAUUUCAAAAUCGUAUGUCCUAAUUCAAACAUGCGCACCGUCUCCAACUCGGAUCUAUACAAUGAACCCAACAACGGUUCUCUGAAGGACGAACAGUACUGGCAGUUCAUCACCGAAGAAAUGGAAAUUACCGCUGUUAACUAUAUCCUACCAGCAGGUAAUCCCUUUGGUCGUUCGCCACUCGUGAUAGAUCGCCAGAUCGCCACCAACAACCUUUCGACCACACAAACCAUGUCGGUGACCAUCAGCGGGUCCACGGAAAAUCAGUCUAGCUUUGAUGCCUCAGCCGGCUUCUCCACAACCGUCAGUACCGACUUCAAAUGUGGCGUCCCUGGUAUUGCCGAGGGCAAAGUCAGCGUAUCAGCCACCGCGUCGACGGAACUGAAAUGGGGAAAAGUCAACAAAACGACAUUGCAGUGGUCCAAGUCUGUUCCGCUCGAGGUCCCACCCGGAAAAACUUAUAGAGUUAUUGGCUCAGUGGAUCAGACUGUGAUGGAUAUUCCAUUUACUGCGACGUUGACAUCAAAGAUCACGGGCAAGACUACUACCAUGACGGGGAUUUACAAGGGAGUAACGAAUUUCAACUUCACGACUACUUAUGACGAUGUAACUGGUAGACCAAUUUAG